GUCUGUGUCACUCUGUGGAUUUGUCGCUAUAUGUCCAUCAAUUUAUCGAACGAAAAAAUCAAUUAUAGAAAAUAAAGUAUAUAGUUUGCAAUUUAAUCGUGUAUUUUCAGGUGAGUUGACGCAUCCAUCAUGGAGCAGAUUCCACCACCGAAGGAGGUGAAGAUCCUCGAGACAGCUGAGGAUAUUCAAGAGCGUCGUGAACAGGUGCUCAACCGCUAUGAAGACUUCAAACAAGAGGCGCGCGCCAAGCGAGAGAAACUAGAAGAUUCUAGACGUUUCCAGUACUUUAAGCGCGACGCUGAUGAACUCGAGUCCUGGAUUCAAGAGAAGCUGCAAGCUGCCAGCGAUGAGAGUUACAAAGAUCCCACCAACCUGCAGGCCAAGAUCCAGAAGCACCAAGCGUUUGAGGCGGAGGUUGCCGCCCAUUCCAACGCUAUCGUGGUGCUCGACAACACCGGCACUGAGAUGAUAUCGUCCGGCCACUUCGAGUCUGAUACGAUCCGCCGUCGCCUGGAUGAGCUGCACCGUCUCUGGGAGCUGCUGCUAUCAAGGCUCGCUGAGAAGGGCAUGAAGCUGCAGCAGGCGUUGGUUCUCGUUCAGUUCCUGCGGCACUGCGACGAAGUCAUGUUCUGGAUCCGCGACAAGGAAACAUUCGUGUGCGCGGAUGAGUUUGGCUCGGAUCUGGAGCACGUCGAGGUGUUGCAGCGCAAAUUCGACGAGUUCCAGAAGGACAUGGCGGCCCAAGAAUACCGCGUCACCGAGGUCAAUCAACUCGCAGAGCGCCUUGUACUCGAAGGUCACCCAGAGAGGGAGACCAUUGUGAAGACCAAAGAUGAACUGAACGAAGCCUGGCAGCGCCUGCGCCAGAUGGCCUUGAUGCGCCAAGAACGCUUGUUUGGCGCUCAUGAAAUCCAGCGUUUCAACCGCGAUGCGGACGAGACCAUCGCCUGGAUCUCCGAAAAGGAUGUAGUACUUGGCUCCGAUGAUUACGGACGCGACUUGGCCACUGUUCAGACAUUGCAGCGCAAGCACGAGGGCGUGGAGCGCGACCUGGCGGCGCUGGAGGACAAGGUGUCGACGCUGGGCGGAGAGGCCGCGCGGCUAGCCGCCAUACACAACGACCACGCGCCUGCCAUACACUCCAAGCGAGACGAAAUCACGCAGGCUUGGCAGAAGCUCGUGCAGAAGGCCAAGGAGCGUCGGUCGGAGUUGGAGUCGUCGCACGCGUUGCACCGCUUCCUGGCCGAUUACCGCGACCUCAUCUCCUGGAUUAGCGACAUCCGCACCCUCAUUGCAGCGGACGAUCUCGCCAAGGAUGUGCCCGGUGCUGAGGCACUGCUCGAGAGGCACCAAGAACACAAGGGUGAAAUGGAUGCUCGGUCGGAUGUGAUACGCGCGUGUGCAGCGGCCGGUCAAGCGCUGGUAGAGAGCGGGCACCGCGCCUCGUCGGAGGUGUCCGCGGCGCUGGAGACGCUGGCGCGGGAGAGCGACGCGCUGCAGCAGCUGUGGGAGCAGCGCCGCGUGCUGUACCUGCAGUGCAUGGACCUGCAGCUCUUCUACCGCGACACCGAGCAGGCCGACGCCUGGAUGCACAAGCAGGAGGCCUUCCUCGCGAACGAAGACGUAGGCGACUCUUUGGAUUCCGUAGAGGCGUUGUUGAAGAAACACGAGGACUUUGAGAAGUCUCUGGCGGCGCAGGAGGAGAAAAUAAAAGCUCUGGACGAGUUUGCUUCUAAAUUGAUCCAGGGACAGCAUUAUGCCGCCGACGAUGUCGCACAGAGGAGAGAGAUGUUACUGGAGCGUCGUGCUGCUCUCCAAGAAAAGUCGAACCAACGGCGUGCGUUACUUGAAGACGCCUACAAAUACCAACAGUUCGAACGUGACUGCGACGAGACCAAGGGCUGGAUCAACGAGAAGCUGAAGUUCGCAACAGACGAAUCUUAUCUCGACCCAACUAACUUGAACGGCAAAGUGCAGAAACACCAGAACUUCGAGCAGGAGCUGCAGGCGAACAAGCCGCGCGUCGACGAGAUCACCACUGUCGGCAACCGACUGCUGGAACAAGAACAUUUUGCCAAACCUCAAAUCGAGUCCCGUCUGGGCGAACUAGCUGGGUUAUGGGAGAAGUUAGUGACUGCCUCCGAACUGAAGGGCAGUAAGCUGCAAGAGGCAUCUCAACAGCAGCAGUUUAACCGUGCUGUUGAAGAUAUCGAACUCUGGCUCUCAGAAGUUGAGGGGCAGCUGCUCAGUGAGGACUAUGGCAAAGACCUGACUAGUGUGCAGAACCUGCAGAAGAAGCACGCGCUGCUGGAGGCGGACGUGGGCUCGCACGCCGAGCGCAUCGACGCCGUCCGCGGACAAGCCGAGCUGUUCGUGGAGCGCGGACACUUCGACGCGGACAAUAUACGCACCAAGCGGGAUGGUCUAGUGGGGCGCUACUCUGCGCUUGACAAGCCGAUGGCGAUACGCAAGCGCCGUCUCCUGGAUUCACUGCAAGCGCAGCAGCUGUUCCGCGAUCUUGAUGAUGAAGCCGCCUGGAUCAGGGAGAAGGAACCUAUCAUCGCAUCCACUAACAGAGGUCGCGACCUGAUCGGCGUGCAGAACCUGAUGAAGAAGCACCAGGCGGUGAUGGGCGAGAUGGCGCAGCACGAGGCGCGCGUGGAGGCGGUCCGCGCGGCCGGCACUGCGCUGCGGGACGCCGGACACUUCGCGGCAGACGACAUCGCCGCCCGCCUCCACCAGCUGCAGAACCAGUGGGCGCAGCUGCAGGAGAAGGCGCUGCAGCGCAAACAAGACCUGGAAGACUCGCUCCAAGCUCAACAAUACUUUGCCGAUGCCAACGAAGCUGAGUCGUGGAUGCGCGAGAAGGAGCCCAUGGCGAACACCCAGGACUACGGCAAGGAUGAAGACUCAUCAGAGGCUUUGCUCAAGAAACAUGAAGCACUGCUCUCGGACUUGGAGGCAUUUGGGAACACUAUCAAAUCACUGAGGGAUCAAGCUAACGCCUGCCGGCAACAAGAGUCACCGGUGGUCGACGUGUCGGGCAAGGAGUGCGUGGUGGCGCUGUACGACUACGCGGAGAAGUCCCCGCGCGAGGUCUCCAUGAAGCGCGGCGAUGUACUCACUCUCCUCAACUCCAACAACAAGGACUGGUGGAAGGUGGAGGUGAACGAUCGUCAAGGUUUCGUGCCUGCAGCGUACGUGAAAAAGAUCGAUGCAGGCCUUUCGUCCUCGCAGCAGAAUUUGGUUGACUCCAGCUCUAUUGCUGCCAGGCAGAACCAGAUUGAGUCCCAAUAUGACAACCUGUUGGGCCUGGCUCGUGAGCGCCAGAACAAACUCAAUGAGACCGUGAAGGCGUACGUGCUGGUGCGCGAGGCGGCCGAGCUCGCCACCUGGAUUAAAGACAAGGAAAUGCACGCGCAAGUACAAGACGUUGGUGAAGAUCUGGAACAGGUGGAGGUGAUGCAGAAGAAGUUCGACGACUUCCAGAACGACCUGCGCGCCAACGAGGUCCGCCUCGCAGAAAUGAACGAGAUCGCAGUACAACUCAUGACUGUCGGUCAAACCGAGGCUGCGUUGAAGAUCAAAACUCAGAUGCAGGAGCUGAACUCGAAGUGGUCGUCGCUGCAGCAGCUGACGGCGGAGCGCGCGGCGCAGCUGGGCAGCGCGCACGAGGUGCAGCGGUUCCACCGCGACGUCGACGAGACCAAGGACUGGAUCGCGGAGAAGGAGGCCGCGCUCGCCACCGACGACCUCGGCCGCGACCUGCGCUCCGUGCAGACGCUGCAGCGUAAACACGAAGGAUUAGAGCGCGAUCUGGCAGCUCUGGGCGACAAGAUCCGCCAGCUAGACGACACGGCCAACAGGCUGAUGUCGACACACGGCGACUCCGCAGACGCCACCUACAGCAAGCAGCGCGAGAUCAACGAGGCCUGGCAGCAGCUGCAGGCGCGGGCCAACGCGCGCAAGGAGAAACUCCUCGACUCCUAUGACCUGCAGAGGUUCCUAUCCGACUACCGCGAUCUGAUGGCGUGGAUCAACUCGAUGAUGGCGUUAGUGAGCUCUGACGAACUCGCUAAUGACGUCACCGGCGCCGAGGCCCUGCUUGAGAGGCACCAGAACGAGCGCUUGGAGAUAGACGCGCGGUACGGCAUAAUGCCGCAGGAACAUCGCACGGAGAUGGACGCCCGAGCGGGCACCUUCCAGGGUUUGGAACUGUUCGGCCAACAGCUGCUACAGGGCGGGCACUACGCCAGCGUUGAUAUACAGGAGAAACUCAACAACAUCGGCGACGCGCGCCAGGAGCUUGAAAAGGCGUGGGUGGCUCGCCGCCUCAAGUUGGACCAAAACUUGGAGCUGCAGCUAUUCUACCGGGACUGUGAGCAAGCGGAGGGCUGGAUGGUGGCGCGCGAGGCGUUCCUGGCGCCCGUGGACGUGGCCGACAGCACCGCCGAGCAGCACGCACAGCCUGACAACGUCGAGCAGCUUAUCAAGAAGCACGAGGACUUUGACAAGGCCAUCAACGCUCAUGAAGAGAAGAUCGCUCAGUUGCAUACACUGGCCGACCAGCUCAUUGCGUCGGAGCAUUACGCUGCGUCUCCCAUCGAUAGCAAGCGUAGCCAGGUCCUCGACCGCUGGAGGCACCUCAAGGAAGCACUCAUCGAGAAGAGAUCCAGAUUGGGCGAUGAACAAACUCUUCAACAAUUCUCGCGCGAUGCUGACGAGAUGGAGAACUGGAUCGCUGAGAAACUGCAGUUGGCUACGGAAGAGAGCUACAAAGAUCCUGCGAACAUCCAAUCGAAGCACCAGAAACACCAGGCAUUCGAGGCGGAGCUGGCGGCCAACGCUGAGCGCAUCCAGUCCGUGCUGGCCAUGGGCGGCAACCUGGUCCAGCGAGGACAGUGCAGCGGAUCCGAGGACGCAGUGCAGGCUCGCUUGGCCUCCAUUGCGGACCAAUGGGAAUUCCUGACGCAAAAGACAACCGAGAAGUCGCUGAAACUAAAAGAGGCCAACAAGCAGCGCACGUACAUUGCUGCCGUUAAGGAUCUCGACUUCUGGCUUGGAGAGGUGGAAAGUUUGUUGACCUCGGAAGAUUCCGGAAAGGAUCUGGCGUCGGUACAGAAUCUCAUGAAGAAGCAUCAGUUGGUCGAAGCCGACAUUCAAGCCCACGAGGAUAGAAUUAAUGACAUGAACGCGCAGGCGGACGCGCUGGUGUCGAGCGGUCAGUUCGACAGCGCGGGCAUCGGGUCGCGACGCGCCGCCAUCAACGAGCGCUUCGAGCGCGUGUCGUCGCUGGCCGCGCACCGCCGCGCGCGCCUCCACGAGGCCAACACGCUGCACCAGUUCUUCAGGGACAUCGCCGACGAGGAGUCCUGGAUCAAGGAAAAGAAACUGUUAGUGGCAUCGGACGACUACGGGCGCGACCUGACCGGCGUCCAGAACCUGUUGAAGAAGCACAAGCGGCUGGAGGCGGAGCUGGCGAGCCACGAGCCGGCCAUCCAGGCGGUGCAGGAGGCGGGCGAGAAGCUGAUGGACGUGUCCAACCUGGGCGUGCCCGAGAUCGAGCAGCGGCUGCGCGCGCUCGCGCAGGCCUGGGACGAGCUGCAGGCGCUGGCGGCCGAGCGCGGCGCCCACCUCCACCAGUCGCUCGCCUACCAACAGUUCCUCGCCAAGCUCGACGAGGAGGAGGCCUGGAUCAGCGAGAAACAACAGCUGGUGGCGGUGGGCGAGUGCGGUGACAGCAUGGCGGCGGUGCAGGGACUGCUCAAGAAGCACGAGGCGCUGGAGGCCGAGCUGGCCGCGCGCGGAGACCGCGUGCGGGAACUGGCCGCCGAGGCCGACAGGCUCGUCGCGGACGGGAACCUGCACUCCGACGCCUUACACCAACGCAUGCGAGCCCUACAGGGUAAACUGGACAAGCUGACGGGCCUGGCGGCUCGCCGCAAGGCGGCGCUGGUGGACAACUCCGCGUACCUGCAGCUGCUGUGGAAGGCGGACGUGGUCGAGUCGUGGAUCGCCGACAAGGAGACCCACGUGCGCUCCGACGAGUUCGGCCGGGACCUUUCCACCGUGCAGACGCUGCUCACCAAGCAGGAGACCUUCGACGCUGGUCUGACCGCCUUCGAGCACGAGGGUAUCCAGAACAUCACGGCCCUCAAGGAGCAACUGGUGGCGGCGAACCACGACCAGAGCCCGGCGAUAGUGAAGCGGCACGCGGACGUGAUCGCGCGCUGGCAACGCCUGCUGGCAGACUCCGAUGCCAGGAAGAAGCGCCUUCUGCAGCUCCAGGACCAGUUCCGGCAAAUCGAGGAGCUAUAUCUCACGUUCGCCAAGAAGGCGUCAGCUUUCAACUCGUGGUUCGAGAAUGCAGAGGAAGAUCUGACCGACCCGGUGCGCUGCAACUCCAUCGAGGAGAUCCGCGCAUUGCGGGACGCGCACGCACAGUUCCAGGCGUCGCUGUCGUCAGCGCAAAGCGACUUCGAAGCGCUCGCAGCGCUUGACGAGCAAAUCAAGUCAUUCAACGUGGGCGCCAACCCUUACACUUGGUUCACCAUGGAGGCUCUCGAGGAAACCUGGCGUAAUCUGCGUAAAAUCAUAGCGGAGCGCGAUGUCGAGCUGACGAAGGAAGCCCACAGGCAGGAAGAGAAUGACAAACUCCGCAAGGAAUUCGCCAAGCACGCUAAUGCGUUCCACCAAUGGCUGACGGAGACACGCACCUCAAUGAUGGAAGGCACUGGCUCACUGGAGCAGCAGUUGGCCACUCUGCGACAGCGAGCGGUGGAGGUCCGCGCUCGUAGAGCCGACCUGAGGCGCCUCGAGGAAUUGGGCGCUGCAUUGGAGGAACACCUGAUCCUGGACAAUCGUUACACGGAGCACAGCACGGUGGGGUUGGCGCAGCAGUGGGACCAGCUCGAUCAACUCUCCAUGCGUAUGCAGCACAACCUUGAACAGCAGAUACAGGCCAGGAACCACUCUGGCGUGAGCGAGGACGCUCUGAAGGAGUUCUCGAUGAUGUUCAAGCACUUCGACAAGGACCGUUCAGGGCGUCUCAAUCACCACGAGUUCAAGUCGUGCUUGCGCGCGCUUGGCUACGACCUGCCCAUGGUGGAGGAAGGACAACCCGACCCGGAGUUCGAGGCUAUACUCAACGUGGUGGAUCCGAACCGGGAUGGGCAGGUGUCGCUACAGGAAUACAUGGCGUUCAUGAUCAGCAAGGAGACAGAGAACGUCCAGUCUUCCGAGGAGAUAGAGAACGCUUUCCGGGCGAUCACCGCGCACCAGGACCGCGCCUACGUCACCAAGGAUGAACUCUACGCUAACCUCACCAAGGAAAUGGCGGACUACUGCGUAGCGCGUAUGAAGCCCUACGUGGAACCGAAGACGGAGCGACCGAUCCCGAACGCCCUCGAUUAUAUCGACUUCACUCGCACUCUCUUCCAGAACUAAUCGCAUACCACCGCCCGCGCAGUACCUACACUUUAACAUUAAACUAACGCAAACCUAUCAAGUUUUUCAUUCGUUUUUGCACCUACCCGUAUUUAUGUUAUCUUAACAUAUGUGUUAUAUUGGAAAUGCAUGCUGAAUAUCAAAUAUCCUUUCUACUUGAAAAAGUAACGAAUUAUAAUAGAUACAAGUACGUAUCACAAGUGUACUGUUCGGGCAGAGUUAACAAUUAGCUUUCACUUGCUUUUCUGUCAGCUUUUUACUAUUCAAUGCAAUAUAUUAUUAAUGUGCAUUUAAAAUAAAUUAUUAUUAUACAUGUAUUAGAUUUAAGAUUAAAAUAUUUUGGAUGAAAGCGAGAUACGUCUUCAAUACGAAAACGUAGACGCUGGAUUUUGCAUAUCUUUACCUAGAACGUUGUCAGUUUACCAGGAGGUAAAUUGAUAAACGGGUGUGAAUUCCUUUUCUCUGAAUAGCAGAGAGAUAAGAAGCUACCCUUCUUGACUAGAAAACAACUCUUAAUAAAUAUACACACAUAUAGAGAUUUAUUGUAGAAUGAAAUUUGUCUUAUAAUAUUACAAAUUAAUUUAUUACUUCUCAAUGUCGACUCAUUUAUCACUAUUUAUUAUAGUAAUAAGAAAUUACAAAUUAU